AUGUUAGUGUGGCAGGCAGUUGGCAGAUUCGAAGCAGCUGGUGGCAGAAGCAUGCAGAGCAAGAUCGAGGAUGUUUUGACUGGACUUGGCUUCUCGAGGGCUGACUUUGGCAAAUCCUGUUCGGAGCUUUCCGGUGGCUGGCAGAUGCGAGUUGCUCUGGCUCGGGCACUGCUACGAGAGCCGGAGCUGUUGUUGCUGGACGAGCCAACGAAUCACAUGGAUGCCUCGGCCAAGAACUGGCUGGCCACCUACUUGGCUGCAGGUCUGCCAGAGACCAGCACGCUGCUACUGGUGACGCACGAUCGGUCUUUGCUGGAAGAAAUGCACUGCUCGCAAGUCUACGAGAUUGCAGAAAAGCGCAUUCUCCGAUACGACGUGUCAGGCAUAGAGGAAUGGGAGAAGAGUCGCGAAGAGAGACUGGCAAGACUUCAGAAGGAAAUGCUCAAAAUCGAACGCAACAUUGCUGCGGACGAAGAUUACGUCAGGAGAUUUGGUGCGAAGUCAAGCCAUGCAGCGCAGGCGCAGGCUCGGAAGAAACGGAUUGCAAAAGCCGAGAUUCAGUUGGAAGACCUUCGCGCGCAAACGCGAGGUUUGCCAUCCGCAUCGGUUCUCAACGGCAAGAACUCUGAGGAGGAUGGUGAAGACGAGCGACAAGGCCUGUUGCCACUCUCGGGCCCAGGGAAGGUGAAGUUUAAGUUGCCGGAGUGGCCGCUGAGCGGCUCACCUCCCUUGGAUCGGAAGCUGCUAACCUUGAAGGAGGCGGAGAUCCGGUACAACGAUGGGGAGCCUGUCCUGAAUGUUGAGGACCUUUUGGCUGAUGCUUUGGUCGUGGCGAUCUGUGGUUCAGAGCCACUGGCCUGGGACGCUGCCCAGGCCCAGCCGCUUGACCCCAAGGACUAUCCAACAUGGCGGGUUCACGUCACAGCACCACAGAAAGAUGUGGAAUUCAAGUACCUUAUUGUAAAAGAAGGUGAGGCCCCUCGACAGCUGGUACGUUGGGAAGGAGACUUCCCCAAUCGGAAAGUGCACAGGGACAGCGACGUCGGAAAGCUGGUUCUGCGACACCGUUUUGGUGAUGCCACAUACGAGUGCAAGGAGCUUGUUCAGGCAAGCGGUAGCCUCCUUGCAGGUGGAUAUGCGGACGCGCCUACGCUUCCCAUAGCAAAGCGUGAUGAGGAGGAGGCUGAGCCAGACGACUCAGUUCUUGGAGGCAUAGCAGUAGAUCCUGCGCUUCGAUUGGCUCGCAUGGUAAGAUCAUACUCUGGAACGACCUUCUCCAUGAAGUACGAUGUCAAGGGAACAGUGCUUGGCACCGGCAUGAGUGGCGGGGUCGUCGUGGGAGUCAACAAGGAAACAGGUGUGGAAGUUGCCAUCAAGAAGCUUACGUUGCAUUCCAAUGUGAAUCUAGAGCAUGUCAAGUCAGAGGUACAGCACCAGUUGUCUUUGGAUCAUCCCAACAUUUGCCGCCUACUCGAAGUGUACGAGGAGCCCGACCGGCUUCUACUUGUCAUGGAGAAGCUCAAUGGACCUGAUUUGUUUGACUGCUUGUCCAAGAAAAGCCGCUACACCGAGAAGGAUGCGAAAGAGGUUGUAAGGCAAAUCCUUAGCGCCGUAGCAUACUGCCACCGCAAUGGAGUCUGCCACCGGGACUUGAAGUUGGAGAACUUCUGCUUGGAGGACAAGUCCGAAAAUGCUAGGAUCAAAAUGAUCGACUUUGGCUUGAGCUCCUCGUUCGAUGAGUCUCUUCCUAUGACCGAUUCCUGUGGAACUCUCUAUUAUGUGGCGCCAGAGGUUCUGCGAGGCAAGUACAACCAGCAGUGCGACAUGUGGUCGCUGGGUGUUCUUACCUAUGUCCUCCUCGAUGGCAGGGCUCCUUUCAUGGGCCGUGAUGACCGCAGGACCUACAGACUCAUCCUCGAGGGUCAGUACAGUUUCCCUGAGAGUCGGUGGAGUCGCAUCUCCGAUGAUGCCAAGGAUUUUGUCUCCAAGCUGCUGCAGGUCGACCCAACCGUAAGGAUGACGGCAGAAAAGGCAUUGGUACAUUCAUGGCUGACAAGCAAAGACCCUCAAGAUGAGGACGGGGCAGCACCAGGACCUGCACUCGACGCAGACGUGCUAGAUGGCCUCAAGGCAUUCACGCGCGGCAACGCUGCUAAGCGGGCUAUGCUACGUGCCAUGGCCCCAUCAGCCUCUGUAGACGAGGUGAGUCGAUGGGCUGACCAGUUCGAGGCCUUUGACAAGCAGGGGACGGGGAACGUUAAGGUCUCUGACCUUGUGCAACGCUUGGUCACACGUGGGUUGGCUAGUGCAUCAGAGGCUGAGGAGAUCUCGAAUAGCCUUAAGACGCUGGCAGACAGUUCUCAAGAGAUCUCAUACUCGGCAUUCCUCGCUGCUUGCUUGUGUGCACACCAUUCGAACAUGGAGGAGAAGCACUUGAAAGAGCUCUUCUCAAAGUUAGACAAGGACAAGGAUGAUCGUGUCAGUGUAGAAGAAGUCGGGAAGGCUCUAGGUGGUGUAGUGAACGUCGAAGCCCUAGAGGCAGAGAUGUGUGGAAGAGCUUUGUCCUUUGCAGAUUUCCAGUGGCUACUUCAAAGACCUCUCGCUCCAUCCUCCAUGGCUGGACUUCGUCAACUCCUGGGCACUUUCAAAAAUCUGGGCCUGGCAAAGAGCUGGCGUGUCGACACGGUCGCUGCCAAAGCCGCCAAGGAUGGUGAUGAUGCCCAGUUUGUCGCUGCAAGGCGCGAGAACGCUGCCUGGCGGCAGUGGCACCGUCAGCGUGCGCGCGGUGAGGUCCCAAAUGAUGCCCCCGGGGCCGAGAGCCACCCGGCUGAGAGCCAGCUCGACAAAAGCAAAGCAAUGUCACCAAAAAAGCUGCUCCUAGAAACUGGACCGCUCCCUGUCCCUGGCAGCAAAGCACCUAGCAGCCGCGGUGAGAUCACACCUCGAGACGACCCCUUGCCUGACGCUCAGGAUGCAAAGGAUGGCUUGAAAGAGGUGCCAGAUGCCGCGGACCGAGAGGAGCUGAAGGCCCAAUGGGCCGUGGCCACAGUAGAGGCCAAGGAUGGCGACAUGGAUGCCGCACGGCGUGAAAACCGUGCAUGGCGGAUGAUGAACAUGGAAAGGGCAAAUGCAGGACAAAGUCCUGAAUCGGACCCCGCCUCGGGCUCAUAG